CUUACACAUACACUAUAUUGCCAAAAGUAUUGGGACACCCCUCCAAAUCAUUGGAUUCAGGUGUUCCAAUCCCCUCCAUGGACACAGGUGUAUAACAUCAAGCAUCUAGGCAUGCAGACUGCUUCUACAAACAUUUGUGAAAGAAUGGGUCGCUCUCAGGAGCUCAGUGAAUUCAAUCAUGAUACCGUGAUAGGUUGCCACCUGUGCAAUAAAUCCAUCUGUGAAAUUUCCUUGCUUUUUUAUAUUCCACAGUCAACUGUUAGUGGUACUAUAACAAAGUGCUAGCAACUGGAAAAAACAGCAACUCAACCACAGUGGUAGGCCACGUAAAAUGACAGAGCGGGGUCAGCGCAUACUCAAGUGCACAGUCCGCAAAAGUUGCCAACUGUCUGC